AUGGGAAGGCCUAAGUUAGAUCCUAAUCUUACCCAUUGGAGAAGAGGUGGAAGGGGAGGAAGAGGUGGAAGAGGAGGUGGUAAGGGCAAUAGAGGUGGAAGAGGAGGUGGUAGAGGUGAAACUAAUGCUAAGGUUGAACCUGAGUUUGAGGUUAAACCUGAGGUUGAGGUUAAACCUGAGUUUGAGGUUAAACCUGAGUUUGAGGUUAAACAUGAUGUUGUGGAUGAGGGGGAUGGAAUUGAUAUAUCAGAUAUGGAUAUAAUAGUAAGUUCCAUUCUAAAUUUGAGGUCAUCAAACUACAGUGAUGCUGAAAUAAUGUCUGUUCUUGGAAUUAAUGAAUCUCAAUUGAAGGAGUUUGGGUGUUUAAAUGUGGAAACCAAUGUUCAAGAAGAGACUCAAACAGUACAAGUGAAUGAAGAAGAGAUCAAUGAAGAAGAGGUCAAUGAUGAGGAUACCCAAGAAAUCAUGAGGAGCAACACCCAAGAAAGCAGGAUGAGGAAGACCCAACAAAUCAGAAGGAGGAAGCCAUCAGAGAGGAUAACUGAGUUAAAGUUGAAGAAGCAGGUGGUGAGCAAAUUUGGGAUGACUGAAAGCACACCACAUAAUGUUGAAUAGGGCAAAUGAUUGUGAUAUGGUAGCCUUUUUUUUUUUUGUAAUUAAGUCAUUGUGUUGGCUUUAUAUAACUCUUUG